GACUGUCUGCAGUGCAGGAUCUUGAACUUGUAGCAUUGAGAAUACAUGGAUCACUUUGCCUGUUAAUUUAUCCUGGUUUGGCUAAAUUGGGCUGUGAGUUUUGGCAACGCCUUGAGGAAGAGUGCUGUGCCGCCGACCCAGUGCUCCCCUCUCAGUCUUGCCAACUGUUGAAGUCAUUAUUGCCAACGCUUUUCCUGUGUUUUUCUUUUUGAAUUCAACAAGUGGUUGGAGGAAGUAGAGCGGCAACCUGGGGUACGGAGCCUGCCUGUAGCUGUGGACAGGUGUCAGACGAGUGUCUCCCACUUCCUACCAGGUUAAAGACGAUGCUCAUCUUCUAAUCAGAGAGGAUGUACCAUGGAUCACAUUUUACAGACAACUGCAUCAUUGGGUGGGAGACUUUAUGGUGUGUUUGUCAGGCAUUAGCUGAUUACUUUGGCUUCAUUGCUCAUUUGAUAUUUGGUGGAAAGAACGACUGUGGAGUCAACUUUGACAUUUUUUCACCCUGGGAAUGAUAGUGUGUGAAAUAGCAGAGGUUGAAGGCCUGCCAUUAUGACAGCGAUUACAGCAUGACUGUCUGUCCUUGUCAGCCCAACAGUGCAAUCUGAUUUACAAUGCCUGCCUAGGUACAGUUACGGUUUAGUGAGUUUUAGAGCAUAUUCAUAGAGGCCGGCAUACCUGUCUGCACUAGGAUAUGAAUAAGAGGCGGUAAACACAUGCAUUGAUACAUGAGGGACGAGGUUACAACGAUCAAACACAACCGUGAGAACUGAUACAAGGGACUUAUUUACGGAUCUGUUUUUCAUUCCGUGGUCCAUCCUAUGAGGAGGAUGAAAGAGGAGGAGGCAGUGAGGUAUGUUUGCUGCCGUAAUAGGUAGGUUACAGUGAUACGACACCUGGAGAGACGUAUCUACCUCGCUGGGGAGAUCUCCGCUGUAGGUAAUUAAUUACAGGGAAGGCUUCAUAAGAGGAACAGGAUUGGCCUGUUGAUCUGUCUCCAAAUCAGUGUGGAUGAAGAAAGCUGAAGGAGAUUGUUAUGGAUCAGCCAUGGUAUUCUGACAAACAUGUGUUCAAGGUUUUCCCUGUUCAAUAGUGUUAUUGUUCAUCAGUGUCACCUCAGUUCGCUGCGGAGACGAAAAUAGCUUAUGAUAUUAUCAAUAUGUCAGCAACAUGUUGCAGGUUUUGCCAUGUAAGGAUUCAUUCCCGUCACUAGAUUCGUAUCACCACUGUUUGGAAUAAUUACUUGUAUAACAGGCGUCUUACUGAGAGGUGAUGAAUUGUGAUAAAAUUUGCUUCUACAACUCGUAUAACUUGAUCGUGACUACAGGGAUUGACCCAUCGCGUCCAGUCAAUUAAGUGGACAAGUGAGGAAGCUGGUGAGUGGUCACUAAGUACUGUUGCAUGGUGUAAUUACUGGUGCAUAUCGGUGUGUGACGUGGACGGGGUACGUGAAAAGGAAGAUUACGGUGUAAGUUAGAACAGCUGAGGAUACUAUGAGGCAUUGUGUUGGAGGAAGAUGAAGUUUGUGACAAAUAUCCUGAUGCUGAGCUUGGUUCCUGCUUGAGAUGAUGACAGGAUGCAGAUGGGAUGGAGAUGAACGUCCGCUGUUCAAGCAGAGCAUUACUUUGUUGGAUACACACCUACAACAAUGACGCUUAGGAGACGCGCUAGUCGCCUCUUGUUGAUGACGGAGGGUCGGAAGAGCCAGAUCGUGCUGAUGGACGAGCGGCGACUGGACAUCAUCAUCCAGCCGAAGUUGUUCACCCGAGAACUGUUAGAUCUGGUCUCAUCUCACUUCAAGUUGAAAGAGAAACAGUACUUUGGUCUCGCCUUUGUUGAUGACACCCAUCACUUCAACUGGUUGAAUCUUGAUAAACGGGUGUUGGAUCACGACUUUGGCAAGAAGACUGGAGCACUUAUACUACAUUUCUCUAUAAGCUACUAUAUAGAAACAAUAGGGUUACUAAGGGACAGUGCUACAGUGGAACUAUUUUACCUCAACGCAAGGCAAGCUGUAUUCAAGGGCCAGAUAGAAACUGAUUCGGAGACGAUCUUCGAGCUCGCGGCUCAUGUGUUGCAGGCGACACAUGGGGACUUUGUCAGUGAUGAAGAUACAAAGAGUGAAUUAAAGAAACUUCCAGUGAUUCCUACAAGCUCUCUCAAGGAGCAUCCUUCCAUAGCUUUCUGUGAGGACCGUAUAUUAUGCUAUUAUCAGAAGCUACAAGGGACAUCCAGAGGUCUUGCCAUAGUCAAUUAUAUGAAUAUAGUUGAACGACUUCCUACAUACGGUAUACACUACUACGAAGUCAAAGACAAGAAAGACAUUCCAUGGUGGUUGGGUAUCAGCCCAAAGGGGAUCUCAGUGUUUGACAAGAACGACAAGACUACGCCAAGAAAGUUAUUCACAUGGAAACAGCUAGAAAACCUGUAUUAUAGAGACAAGAAGUUCUCAAUAGAAGUGCAUGAUCCCAAACGUGUCAUCCACACGUUGAGCAGUUUCAACCUUUAUGAGGACGCAAUACGUGAACCAUUAACAGAAUUUGAUGACCUCUCGGAUGCAAUAUCCGACCCGAGCACCCAGGUCUCUGUGAGCCGGAGAACGUUCGGCCCUGGUAACGUCAACGUUCAUGCAUGGUUCGCGGCAACACAUCAACUUACAAAAUGUGUCUGGCAAAUGGCUGUCGCGCAACAUCAGUUCUACCUCGAUCGCAAACAAAGCAAGGCAACAUUGCCAAGUGCUCGGAGUAUGAGCGAGAUCGCUGCUGACUUAUCCAAGAGUACCACGUCAUUACCCGGUUCUGUUGGCUCCGAUCUCAGCCGUAGCGCCAGCUCCCAGAGCUUGCCCAGUCUUACCACAUCCAGGUUUGAUUUGAAUAUCGAGCAGACAGAUUCGAUCAAGGCCCAGCGUGAGAUGUACCAAGCGUUGCGUGCGAGGAAGGAGGCGUUGGAGGAGACCCUGAGGAAGAAGACAGAAGAGUUGAAGAGACUAUGCUUCCAGGAAGGGGAACUGACUGGGGAGCUGCCCAAAGAGACCCCCCUUGCUCCAGGGGAGCAGAUCCCCACCUUCCGGAGGAGGGUGGGGACGUCCUUCUCCCUCUCAGCCAAGGCGGUCAGCGGCACAGAUGAGCGCGAGGACCAGUUGGCGAAGAUGGAGCUGGAGUACGAGCUGCAGAGUAAGAUCACCAGCGCAGCUCACAAGUUGGCCCAGGACAAGGCUGUAGGCAAGAAUGUGCGCAAACAGAGGCGGCAGUCCUACAACAGAGCUCUACAGAAGCUCAAGGAUAUGGAGAAGAAACUCAAUGAAAUGAAGCGCAUGGCGGGGAAGGUUGGACUGCGAGCAGCGUCCUCCACGUAUGAUGCACAAAGCGAGGAUAGUCUCCCCUUAACAGAUAGUGAUUCAGAGAUUGUGUCUCCUGCUCAGUCGCCCCCGGUUCAGCGUUACCAGCGUGAACAGCCUGCACAGCCUGCACAGCGCCCUCAGGGAAAUGUGAUAGAGCGGCCUCCAAUCUCUUCUCAGUCAUUCCACCAGCAGCAGCGUCCCCCGGAUGAGGACAACCUCGUCCCUCCCCAACCUAUCCCCCACAGUGUCACCCUCAGCCCUAGUCACAGCAGUCCCCAGCUGUGUGGUGGCUACCUGGCCAGCAGCGUGUACGCUACCCGCACGCAGUACCGCAGUCAGAUGUAUCCCACACUCAACAGCCGGAGUCGUUCUUCUUCCAGCAAUCAGUCGGAGUAUGACAACAUGAAGCAUGCUGGGCGGCUGGAAGGUAGUCUGGACAGCGGCUUCAGCUCGGCCAACAACAUGUACAACAUCAACUCCCAGCGCACCUCCCACUACGAGAGCACCGACCACCUCAAGACAACAGCAAACCCCAACUACCAGGGCGACGGGGUGUUAGACGACAGGCUCAAUCUGCCGUCGAAGCAUGGCAGUCUCGACGGAGCUUAUCGGAAAGCUCAACAGAAAUAUAACAGCUUGGAACGCAACACGAGACAGGAGCAUCCUGGGAAUGAUCCCAACCUGCCCGAGUUGACGCCAUCACGAUUUGGGAGUAAACGUGAAUCACAGACUGAGUAUGAGUACGAUCCGCCAUCACACCGGAGUAGCAUCAUGGUCGAGGUGCCAGUGCAUCAUGAGGAGCAUAGUGGUAACCGUGGUGAUGGACAGACUUAUUAUAGUGAAAAGCAUUUCUGGCAGGAGGCUGCGCCGACGGAUCCGUCACCAAUUGUACGUAGCCCAGAACCAGAACGGAAAGACAAUGCUGGCAGAUCUGAGAGUCCUCAUGUUGAUCAGUGUUACAGCCCGCGUGGGUUUGAGGGAUCGUAUACGAGGUCGGAGAGAUAUGUGUACCCUGCCCCAAGUGACCAAAGUGGUAAUGCGAGGGUUCGAGAGUCUCAGCCAUCACCACAAUCGAGUUCUCUUGUGACUGUCACGCGACUUCAACCCCAUAUGGAAGUCAGUAAGCCAUAUGAAAUGGCAGACUUUUACAAAUAUAGUGAACGUUUACGGCGUCAACGGUUGAUAGAACAUUACCAGAGACAGUUAAUAGGAACUGAACGCAUCUCUCGGGCCAGCACUCCUUCACAACACUCCACAGAUAGUGGAAACAUAGAUGAAACAUCACAUCAUUCGGGGUCCAGCCAGUUCCAGUCCAGUUCUAACCUAGUCCACCCCUCUAGUCCAUAUCGGGCUUGUACCCCCCAAUCCCCAACCUAUUCGACAACAUCCUCAGUGUCUGUGGGCCACGCCCCAGUGAUGUACGGCCAGCAGCAGCAGCAGCAGCAGCAGCAGCAUCCUGGAGGAGGGGACCAUCCACAGUAUGGCGGGACGCGGGAGGUGACCAGCUCCUUCCAGACAGUCAAGAGUCAUGGUCCCGGAGUGCAAUAUGUGCAAUCGAUGUCGUUCCGUGCACAACAAAUCCAGAGUGCUGCAGCUGCACAGCAUAAAGUCUACCAGCCGCUGCAGCGUAUGAAAUGUGAGCCCAUUAAAAAGACCUUCAACCCGUCAAACUCCACACUAAGUAGCUCCAGUGCGUCCUCCAGCCAGCCCCCAGCCUCUGGUGAAGGAGUGAAACCCAGUAGUAGUUUUUCCCUCGACAGAGGCGAGUCAUUGGCUGAGGCGUUCAGUGAAGAGAUGCUGGCAUGGUAUGAUGACAGAGAGGCCAAGCCAGCCACACUGGUAUGACAAGACAGGCUUGUUAGGACAGGAAAACAGAGGCGACAACUUGAUGACCUUGGGUGACCUUGAUGAUACUGCUUAUCUGACCAACGUCUUCACGAUUGAAUAUUGAUCUCUGUGGUAACAAAGCUGGCAUUGAUUACAUGUAACAAGCCUUGAUCAAUCAGGAUGCAAUGUGGCAAGGAAAGAGUCCGAUUACGCCAGAGAAAAGAUGCAUUUACUGCUGGGCCCCGAGGGUAAAUGGGCUGUUUGUUAGCCAUGUAGGAGAAAGCCAGAAAAUAGCUGUCGAGAGGCCACUGGUUGUGAUGGACAAAUGACGAGUUGGUGACGGAAAUAUCCCAUGGCCUUCUCAAAGUGCAAUUCACUUCCCAUUUGAGUAUUAUGAAUUUGAAAGGUGCAAUUAUUUAUUUAAUAAGAUUUGAUGUCUCACAGCAAAUUGCUGCCAGUAGUGUUUAGUAGUAGACAUUGAAGUGCAUAAUUGUUAACGCUGAAGAUGAAACAAUUGUCAGGGGUGAGUUUUGUAAUGAUUUCUUUUACUUCUACUGCUGAGUAAGCAUUUUGUGGGAUCUGGCAUUUCUUAAGAAGAGCAUGGCAGACAUUAUUGAAGUUCUCAAUGCAAAAGGACCUACACGCAACAAUAUUGACUAACCAAUCAUGAAGCAGAGCUCUUGACCAUGAAGACAUUAACCAAUCACAUUCCUCUGAUUACAAAUUGGUGCAAACUCCUUACACUGGCAUACACUAAGCUUCUUACAGUGCCUCUGAUGACAAAUCUUCUCAUGAAAGCAAACUCCUUACACUGGCAUACACUAAGCUCCUUACAGUGCCUCUGAUGACAAAUCUUCUCAUGAAAGCAUCGGCUUUGUCAAGCAAAUUCAGAGAGAUGGUAUGGUUAUUGGGAUCUAUUUCAGCAGACACCAGAUGAUAUGAUAAAACUGUCAAUUUAGACGCAAUGCAAGCUUAAUAUGUGCAUAAUACAGUUUACAGAUCCGAGGGAGGAGAAAAAGCUGCCAAAAUUAGUCGCAGCCGACCAAGAUUUGCAUCAAUUCGAGAAUAUCUUUUUCCUAAUCAGUGUGUAUUCUGUCUGGAGCAUCGGAGAAGAUGCUCUUGGAUCUUUAACACAACUCCAACCUCAUGAAGUGUUGUAUUAUCGAAAAGUGCUAUUUCCAGUUACUAUUUGCAUUUUAGUUCUUUAUACAAAUGAUCAAUCUUGGUAUUUAAGACAUGCCUUUUGGUUUUACAGGAAACACUUGUUGUAGAAAAGCACCCGCUUUUAACAUUAAGUUUAGAUUUUAGUUUUGGUUAAAAAAGGUUUUAGCCGAUCAAUUAUUUUUUGUUUAUGGAUUUCUUUGGCAAUAUCCUGUUAUCACAAUCUCAUUCAAAUCAGAUCUUAGUUCUCGCUAUCACUACACACAGAUCUGAGGACAAGUCAUUUCAGAACGACCUUUCAUUCGAUCAAUCAGAGCAUUGGUUACAAGAUCGCCAAAGUGAAAAUCAGAAUGAGUUUUCUUAUCAUUCAACCUCGAAAAGGUUAACAUCGGGCAUUCCGAACAAAAAUGUAAUGGGCUGUACGACUGAUUCCAAAUGUGAGUCAUGGCGAUGACAUGCUAGACAUUUGAAACAGAAGAGACGUUCCACAGCCCGGACAUACAAUCUUGGCCGUCUAUUAGACAAUCCAGAAUUAGCUUUUGUUCAUUUUUCAAAUUUUAAAUUGAGAACUUUGUCAAAAUAUAUCAAAGCAUUGUCUGGAAUGGAAUUGCCGUUUUGAAAAUAGUCCCUUUGAGUCUUGAGAAAAUUGCUUUCUGAUUGUCUGAAGUCGACUUCCUGUUCGUCAUUUCAUUGGUUGUCAAAGUUCACGAAAGGUAGUUCUAACAUGGCCUGUAAUAGGAUGUCCUCUGAUCUUUCUGGAGCGGUAUCUAACACAGAGGUCAGAUUUUAAUCAGAUAGCUGUUAUAAAAAACUUGGGGGCAAGGAUGGCCCAGUCGUCUAGGGCGCCGCGAUUCGCUGUGUAGAGUUGCGUCUCUUGGGCACGCCAGAAACCUAAGAUUGUGGGUUCGAAUCCCGGUUUGCCCUGAUUAUGUUU